AUGACAAAGAAGCAAUGCCAGACAUGGACAGCUUUCAAGGCGUUCAUGGCCAACCGUGUUCUAACCAAAGAACAGGUUGAGCAUCAACAACGGGAAGAGUACAAGCACCUUCCCGGGAUCCUCAAUUAUCACACGGCAUCUCCAUUUAUCCGUAGGAAAAUAGAUGCGAGCCGCGCAAAAGAGUGGAAGAAGUAUGAGGUUUUCCAGGCAGCAAUACCCAUCAAGGGGCAAGAUCUUUUUGACUUGCUACAAAGGGUCAUGCUCGUUGGAUGUGCCACUGGUGUUAGGACUGACGCGCCCACGUCAGAUCUGGAAACGCACAGCAUAGUUGCCGCUUUUGCCGUAGCUGAAGGUGUUCCACCUCAGAGUUCGGACAUAAGGAACGCGUACUUCCAAGCGUUACCUAUAGAUCGCAUAGUCGUCACGCGGCAGCCUAGCGGUGGACUUCCAGGGGUAGACCCGGAAGCACACUUGCUGAUCAGGGUACCCGUUUACGGACUCUGUGACUCCGGCCAUGGAUUCUGGAAGAAGGUGAACCACGACGCAUUGGAUGUAGGCUUAAAGGCAAGCCGCAUCUUCCCUGCCUUUUACUACCGCGAGAGUAAUGGCCGAGCGGAUCUCGUCUUGACUACUCACGUGGAUGAUUUCCUGUGGGCCUGUACCGAAUCAGGACAGGUAGUUCUGGACAAGCUUCUUAACCGCUUCGAGGUAGGGAAGCGAGAAAUAGGAAGGCUCCGUUUCUGCGGGAAACAAUUCAGCCUUGACGGCAAGGAUGUGCUGAUCGAUGACACUGACAACACAGCCAAAACGACGUACAUCGACAUUGCCAAGAGUCGAAAGCAGUCGGAGCAAGUGACCACGGGAGAAGAGCGACAGCCGCGCUCUGUGGUAGGUUCACUGUCGUGGAUCUCGCGUCAAGCCCGGCCAGACAUACUUUAUCGGGUGUUCCGCUUGCAGAGCAGCAUCAAGGGAGCGAAGGUUUCCACGCUCACCGAUGCCAACAAGGUACUCAAGAUGGCCUUGGACACCAAGGACCUGAAGAUCACGUACCGACAUUCUGGCAACCUAGACUUCAUGUAG